CCUCAGGGAGGUUCUCGAGACUGGAACCCACAAGAGGAAGUGUAGGCGGAUGUCCUGAGGAGACUGCUUUGCACAGGGGACCUUCAGAGCUGCACCCCAAGUUUGAAUCUACAGCCAAAGAAAACUGCCUGGUAGGGGAAGACGAGGACUUUGUGGACUUGGAAGAGCUUUCUUCUCAGACUGAGAGCAGAAAGGACAGGAGAGACACUGUGCAGGAGUGCCUUCCAGCUGACCGGGACGCAGGGGAGAAGACUGAGUUGAAGACAGACGCCUCCACUGCGGAGAUGCGGGCGCAGACAGGCCUGAGCAUCCCGGUCGCAGACAGCGAUGCCGAGCUGAAAGGGACCCUGGAUUCAGAGACGUGUGAGAAGCAAGACACCAAGCCGGAGGUGGACAAGCAGUCCAGCUCCCCAGAAGGCCAAGUGGAGAACUCACUGAGUAUCCACGAAGAUCUAGAUAAAGUUAAACUCAUUGAGUAUUACCUAAACAAGAAUAAAGAAGGGCCCCCGCUCUCCGACAAUUUGCAGAUGGCAAAAUUGAGUGACAGCAGAAGUACUGAGCCAGCGGGGAUCGACAUCACCCUAAGCAGCUCGCUCCUCCGGGCGGGCGAUCCGCCUCCUGAGAGCACAGAGGAUCCAGAUAAGACCCAGGGAGGGCAGGACGGGGCGCCUCGUGCUCUCCAGGUGGACACUGAUGUGGGAGAACAUAGAAUUAAAGAGUCUCUGGACUCCGCUUUGGAACCAGCCCUGGACAGCAGCUGCCCUGGCCUCCAGAUGGACAAUAAAUCUGAAAUUCAGUUAUGGCUGCUGAAGAGGAUUCAGGUGCCCAUCGAAGAUAUCCUUCCUUCGAAAGAAGAAAAGAGCAAGAGCCCACCCAUGUUCCUGUGCAUCAGAGUGGGCAAGCCGAUGCGGAAGUCCUUUGCCACGCACACGGCCGCCAUGGUCCAGCAGUAUGGCCGGCGCAGGAAGCAGCCUGAGUACUGGUUCGCGGUGCCUCGGGAGAG